CAUGGGAAGUGGAUGCACAGCCACUCCGCCACAGUGGCACACGACCUAGUUAAGGUAGGUACCUAGGUUAGCUCUGGGCAAGCUCUAGGCAAAGUCUGGGCAUACGAUUUACACACACAGAAUCCACGAUCCUCCAUCAAUACCUAAUUUGUUAUUAUCGGCAGGAUUGUUAACGCAUAGUCGUGAUUACCUAGGCCAAUUUUGGAAUACUAACUACAAUAUGGAGGUCCAUUGUCCGGCUAGCCUGGUUGACUUCUUCCAACUACCAACUUCUAAUUGCCAAUUGUUAAUUUCCAAGUGUUUAACCAUCAGUCAAGGCAUGUAACAAUAUUUUGUAGCUUUCUCUCACUUCCACCGGCAGAAUCGCUAUUUUCUUAUAUAUCAACGUGUCAAGGAGGGAAGUUGUUGGUUCCCUGGGAGCGAGGCAGCGAGCUGGCGGCUUUCAGAUGCUCGCUACAACUCCAAAUCGCGGCGUCGUGUCGUUCUUUUUGAGUUUUCUGCUCUGCUAUGUUGUAAUUACUCUCUAUCUGCGGUCCAAGUGCUAUCGCGAUCCAUCUUCCCUCUUUUUUAAGCCCGAAUCCGCUCGCGUCCUGACAUAUUCUUCCUUUCGCAAGGCCCAGGCCCGGAAGUAUGCAGAUCUAGCUGCGCUGCAUACCCCGACAAAAUGGGUCGCCAACUCCACCGCUCCCGAACUUUGUAUCGGCAUUGCCUCGGUAAGCCGGCAUGGGUUCUCUUAUUUGAAAGAAACCCUCGGGUCGGUGCUCGACGGCUUAGCUGAUCUUGAACGUCAACGCAUCUACGUCGUCGUCUUCCUAGCCCACACCGAUCAAUCCCAACACGAAGAUUUCAACCAACCCUGGCUCAUCAACAUGGCCGACAACCUUCCAACUUACCCAGACGACGCCGAAACCUCCGACCUUGUGCGCCAGCUCGAAAUUAGCGGAGACUACGAAGCCCAUGCCCGAAAGCAGAAGAUCGAUUACACAAUAUUACUGGGCGAAUGCACCAGAGUCGGCGCUAAAUACAUCAUGACCUUGGAGGACGAUGUGAUUGCUUUAGAUGGAUGGUAUCACCGAGCUCUCGGCGCUUUGCAUACCGCCACGAGGAAGACUCAGGAGCUCGGACGGGAUGGGUUUCUCUACCUGCGCGUCUUCUACGACGGUAGGCUCCUCGGCUGGAAUAGCGAGGAAUGGCCAAUAUAUGUCGAAUCAAGCAUAGCAAUACUAAUUGCCGAAGUUUUAAUUUUGAUAACUCUUCGCUGGCGUAUUGCCAUGCUGCGUAAAACUCUGACCUCUUCGGUCCUCUUCUUGCUCUGCGGAGUUGGUACUCCUAUGCUGAUCGGUCUGUUCUUCGCGGCCGGCCGUAAUUGCAUGUUACCAAAAGAACCUGGCGUUCACCUUAUGCAAAAGUACGGUUGUUGCGCCCAAGGACUCAUAUAUCCUCAGCGUCAGGUACUCGAGCACUUGCUCCCCCUAUACCGCGAGACCCACGAUAGCCACGCUGCUGUUGAUACAUUCCUGGAGGAUUGGGCCAAUAAUCACGAUAGCUUGCGCUGGGCUGUCACCCCGGUCUUGAUUCAGCACGUCGGCGGCAAAAGCUCACACGGCGCAGGCGACCAAGAAUUGGGCUCGCUUACUGACGAUAUGCCAUUCGAUUAUUCGUUUGAAAUGAAUGAUCCUAUCAAGCUUGCAGCGGAGCACCAAGCAUGGGUUGCAGAGAUGUCAAGAGAGAAUCCCGUAAUAAUGAGUAAAUAAAUUUUAUCAAUAUAGUUCGGGUUAAACAUUACCACCAC